AUGUUAUUUAUCAAGAGUACUACUACUGCAUGUAUUUUGCUUGUAUUCUUCUGUGCUGCUUGUUUAUCUACUGCUAGGUUCUAUCCUCCAGGAAGUGGAGAAGUUAAUACUAUUUCGAGUACAAAGGCUAGUGUUGCCACUGCAAACAACAAUGAGGAGAAAAGCAUAACUGCAAUAGACUCAGAGAAACAAAGUUUUCAUGCAAAGAGAAGUUUGAGAACACAUGAUUUGUCUCAUGAGGUUGAUGGUGGUUUUGUUGCUUUUACUACUGACUAUCAUCCACCAAGGCAUCAUCCACCUAAGAACAACAAAUGA